CUUUAACCGGCUCAAAAUUUCAUUUGACAGUCUAAAAAUAAAAUAUCUAACGUACGGUCGCAAGAUAUUUAUGGAGCCCGGAACAUAGCCUGGUCUGACUGAACCUAUCCUUUACUCUUAAAAUAUCUUCACGUGAUGUCUCAUUUGCCCAGCCUCCAACACUCUUCUUCCAAUGAAGGUUCAAGGCAUCUCUCUCGAUGAAUAUAACAACAGAGUACAACCACCAACAUGAUACCAACAACCUCCCGCACAUAAAUACCAUGUAAACUUUGUUUGCUGCCGGUUCAUUAUUGCAUAGUGCUUCGCUUUGCAUCGUAUUCUUGAACCCUGGAAUACUCCAACCGUUGGAAACAUGAUGUUUGUCUGCUUGUUCGUCAUGCGAAGUAACUUCAAGUUCGAAAGAGCACUUUAGGAUUGAUAUAGCCUCAGAGUUAGAAGUCUUCGAUCAUAUAUCUUAUCCUCUUCAUCUCCCCCACCAUUGUUCUUCACAUAAAAACACUGAUUAGGUAGCAAGCUUACCUCCAAAUAUAGAAACAUAUAUUCUCCAAGCCCGCAAGCGCCGCUGCGCGUAGAUCCUUCGACUCCCACCACGAGGGUCUGAGGAUGGGCUGACACUAUUCUUGGCACUUCCUCAUAAAAUCACCAUGCCUCCCUGGAAAUUAGAGUUGUACUCUGGUGAUUCAAUCUCUUUGUUCUUAUCGUACUGGCCGUUUUAACAUAGAUGUUAACCGUUUUGAUUACGUUGCCUCAUCCCUUGUUUAUCGAUUUCUCCACAAUCCCUAUACCCUUAACCUAAAUUGGUUCUUCUUUUAAUUUUCUAGAAUGUUUGAUUCGUUUGCGUUCAACGACACUCCACAAGUCCUGAAUCUCUCUUCCGAAUGGCUCUGCUGGUGCAUGCUUUGGGCUGGUAUCAAAGUCUAUUCGUUCCUUUCGCGCAAGAAAAUACCUCAUGUCCGAGUAGAUGAUAUUGAAGAAGAAUCAACAAGCCUUGCAUUCUUUAUUAUUACAUCUAGUGUCUGUGCAUCAAUUGUAGAGGUUAAUUGGAUACUGGUUUGUCAUCCAUUAUUAUUUUCUAGUUGUUACUUUAGAGUCUAAUACUUCCCACAGCCGUUUCUUACUCCAGCACUCUACUUUGUCUCGAGAAAUAAUUAUGUCGAUAAUCAUGUUCUACCUAGCAAUUCCAAGUACGAGACAUCAAAGUAUCCUGAGAACUACAGCUACCAUAUGAUUUUCUACAUCCUUGUCGCCAUCUCAACCAGUGUUCUAUUUCUUCCCUCAUCAUCAAGCCCUAUCACUAUUGGUCUUGGUUUCAUUUUUGUCAUCUGUCAGACGGCUAUCUACUGGCGUUUGAGCCUUUCUCAAACUGGGGAUGCUGAAGUCCAGUCCCCAUGUCAAAUCUUUCUCAAUCUUGAUCGAACAUGCUGCUGGGUAGUUUGCUUCCUCACUAUUAUCCUCCUAGCUUCACAACAAGAACCUCCUGAGAUUCUUAGUCUCUCGAUCUACAGUAUUCUUAAAGCUUUGCUAUGGGUUGCUGUAAUAUUCCUUGUGAGUUUGCAUUGUUUUUGAUAAACCACCGUUCCUCAUACCAAUAAUCGUCCUUACUAACCCCAAUAGUGCAAGGAAGGUCACGCCUGCAGCUUGACUCUCAUGUCUACCUUUGGGCUAUGUAUUUUAUACAUACUCGUCAUUCCCUCCCUAGCUCUCGCCACGCUAUCAUGUCUCUGUGCGCUUCUAAUCCUAUCACAAAUCAUGUCCACCUUGCCUCGCAAAUGUUCUACACGCCUCGUCAUAGCUCUCUUCGCUACUUUCCCCGUCGUUACACUCCUAUUCCGUUUCGGGACUCCCGAGAGAAUUGAGGCAUUUUUAGAAUUAAUGCAAAGACCAUUUUUACAGACUAGCUGCGCGACUAACCAAGACAUUGUGAGGAAUGCUAUCGACAUCGCUCAAGCAGUGAUGGAUGAGCCGUCUCGACUCGUAGCAGAAUUUGGCCCCAGAAAAGAUCUAAAGUCAUGGCUAGAUGCUAUUUUGGUGUUUUCGAAGAGUUGCACAGAUUCAAAUCCUGUGACCAUCGAGUUAUGAUAGCAUUUGUACACUACUUUCAUUUCUUUAUGUACAUGUACCAUAUAUUCUGUACAAACACAAAUCAUCAUCAUAGAUCAUAGAUGGCUUCACUGUUAUGCUUGAAGCACUUUUCGCGGGGAGGUCAAAUAUCACAAGAUGUUUAAAUCAGGAUUUCCAACGGUACGAUUAAUUCGCACAAUAAAAAGUAU